CCUUUUAUUAAAGUGGCCGCCGUUAGACCCGCAGCUUCGCAGCUUUGCUAUGUGUCCGUGUCAGUCUGUGUGUGCGGUCGUCACCAGGGCUCUGUUCAUCCUGGUGGCUCUGGUCGGAGUCCUGAGGGUGACGUGGGUGAAAAAUGACCGCAACUACUGGUUCCUGACUUUCCUCUUUUUGCCGCUGUUUAUUGAAAUGAUCAUAACUCUAAAGAGGCGAAAGGGAAAAGAUUACAAAUGGUUCUCUCCUCCUAUCUUUCUGUUUCUCAUCAGUAUCAUUCCUUCAAUCUGGAUACUGGAGCUCCACCAUCAAGAAAACAAAACCAAAGACCCUGAGUGCAAUAACCUUGACUCUUUGGAGAAUAUCCUGAAAGUUCUGACUCCGAAUGACACUUCUAUAAACAACACUUCCCAGGUUGAAGAUUAUAUGAAGAAAAUUAACCAUGUGUUGUCAAGUGUGUGUUCCAAUGAAUGGAUCCUGGCUCUUCAUCAGAUCCUGCUCAUUCUCCUCAUCGUAGGGAAAUGGCUCCUUCCUCUUGGAGGCGGGGUCACGAGAGACAAGCUGUCACAACUUCUUCUGAUUUUCGUCGGCACGGCAGCAGACAUCCUGGAAUUUACCAAUGAGACGCUGUCGGAUGUCAAAGACAACAGUCCUGAGCUGGUUUACAUCAUCCUCAGCGUAUGGACCUGGACCAUGCUGCAGUUCCCCUUACAUUUGUCCGUGGUGACAGACAGCGAGGGGGACUUGAGUGCAAAGGAACAGGGUCUGCUGAGGAGAAACAGCACAGACAUUUGGAACAUCUUGGAGGCCUUGUUCAUCCAGGACGGCCCUUUUCUGGUGGUCAGGCUCACCGUCAUGAUCCUUUUUGAAACCAUCCACCAGAUGCUGGUUUUCUUCGCCAUAAAGAACGCUUUGGUGGUUAUACUGAACUUGUACAGGUUGGUCGUCAUAUGCCAGGAUUACAGAUCCUCGCGCCAAAACCCUGUGGGCAGCGAAGAUGACCCAUAAUUUGGACGAGGCAGCUCUUUAGGGGUAACUGUGAAGAAGAUAUGGUGUUUUACAAAAAUCACUUUUCAGCAAGAAUGGUUUUCUGCUGAUAUUCUGAAGCAGCUACUUCAACUUUAUACUUUUGUAAAAAUGUGCAUUUUAGACUUAAACCGCAAUUUGGAAUAAAUAUCAUAUAAAAGGUAUUUUAAAAACAGAAAAAUUUAUGAAAACACCACCUACUGAAUAAGAGGCUGCAAAAGUAGGAAUCAAGGAACAACAGGAAAAAUGUGGCUUUAUAAAGGGGUGGGGGGUGUUCCUGUUGCUAUCUCAAGAUACUUCUUACUUUGAAAAAUAUCCUGAGAGGGCCACACAAGGACUAAUGUCCAUUCAUGUUCCUGUCAGCAGAAUUCUUUGCCAUGAAGGAAGCAGGAACAAAGCUUAAGACCUAACGGUUACGGAGCAUUUUGUGGAAAUCAGAUAUAGAUCGACCACAUUCCUUUGCGUGUGAUACUUGGCAGACAUCACACUCGGACGGCACGAGCAGGAAACGUGGUUGACAAACAGAUAGAAGAUGCAUGGCAGCUGCGGGUUCUAGACUAGAAGCAACAAAGCCAGUACAGUUACUCUGCUUUUUUUGGACCACAACCAAAAAAAUAGGGAAAUAAAUCCCAACGAAGCUUUAGAUUUUUUAUUUAUUUUUUGCUUGUAAGCCAUAAAAUGCGUCUAAAGUUGAAACUUGUCUCAGGCAUUCCUAAAAUUUUAGAAGAAAUCUCAUGCUAUGUACACAAAAAAAUGCAUUUUAUGUUACUUUUUUAAUUAACAUAAACCUGGAGAGACUAUAGACAACACAAACUGUACUCAGGUUUAGAAAAAACAUUAAAUGAGUGAACGCCCAGAUUUAUAUUUGGAGCUCUAACUUUCAUCUAUCGAUGUUAAAACUGUAUCAGUAUUAUUUUUGUCUUUAUUGUUUACUUCAACUGUCAAAAGGUUUUGUUCCUUUUUAUUGCUCUGUUGUUUUAUAAAUAUAGACCCAUGAAAUGAAUUUUACAGACCACGACUUUGGUGCUUUACUGCGGAUGUUUGAUGGAAUUUCCUGUGUUGUUACUUUGUGGCGCCUAUUUAUUAAACAUGCAUCACUGCAAAUGUUCAAAGGAAAUCUCAAGUCAGCAUCUGGAUGUGUUUAUUUGAAUUUUUACCUGCAUGUUAAAAGAUUUUAGAAAAUAAUAAAUGUAUGCAUUGGAGCUCAGAAUAUUAAUUGUGAUUAUUGUCUGUUUUUUGGGAACAUGUACACUUUAAAUAUGUAUCAUUUAAGGAUUUAACCUCUUAAGACCUGGCAUCCACAUGGGUGGACAUCGCAUUGUGGGUUAGAUUGCCAAAGUAGUCAAUUCUGCCAAUGUUAUGGUCUAAUAUCCUAAAACGCCAGACGGUGGCUGCAAUGUUUUCACAUUUUGAGGUCAUGUGGAGGCAUUCCAGUGACAGGUGAGGAUGACACCAUUACAAAACCAGGUGACCACAAGACGGAUCGCCAACAAUGUGUAAAAUCUGGACAAUGUGUAAAUGCCUCCUGAUGGUGGCAGGCCAUAUCAAGUGCCAUCAGUAGCCCGAGGGUGUAUAAAAAGUGAGCCAUUCUGCACGCCUGACAGUUGCUUGAUUGCCACUGUUACAUCCAUGACCACGCCAAUGAUUAAAAAAAUAACGGGCGGCAGCCUGAAAGCUUGAAGACUCUGCCGACGCCUCCCCAUGUCGUGGUAGACUCAGCUUGUAGCUAUGGGGCAGGGGUCUGAAACCUGCGGCUCCAGAGCCAAAGGUGGCUCUUUUAUCUCUCCAUGGUGGCUCCUCAGCCUAACCCUGCACAGGUUUGCAUCAGGUACUGCAUGUGGUACCGGAUUGGGCCUGCUACAGCACCUGGUAUUGUGUCCAGUAUUGCAUCCGGAUUAGGGUACUUGUACUGGGUUAAGGUACCGAUACUGGCCGUAUCCUGAGGUCUGGUGCGCGUGUGGUCCAUCCAGUACUGCUUACCGAUGGUUGUGGACCCUUGAUUUUACAAACAGCCAUUAAGCCACAAAAUGGCGAGUUGGGGACACCCAAAACCUCAAAAAUUGACUCGGAGGGGUCCUAAACCAUGCGUCAAUAAGUGACAACAUGUCACUCAUGUGUCGGUUGGUAAAGUGCAGCAUACUUUGGUUAAAACUAGGGGUGUAAGAAAAUAUAAAUUCAGUGAAAUAUCGCAAUACAUUAUCUGGCAAUACUUGUAUCAAUUUAGAAUACAGCCAAGUUGGUAUUUAAUUAAUUAUUUAUAAGCAAACAUGUAGUUCAGUCUUACUUUUGCUUUCCACUUCAAUAUUUCCUAAGUUACCAAAAGAAAAGCACCAUGAAAAAUAACCAGUAAUCUGUGGUUUACUAAAGUUUGGAAGUAACUCGCACGAUUCUCCUCUACAACAGUCCUGCCUUCGUACACCAAAGACCGCUAACUUGCAUACCGUGACCAUUCAGCUUGUGAAACAGCAAAACACUGGUGCCAUUUAUCACCAAACAGAAGUGACACACUACUUCUCAGUGGUGAAGUGGGACUUCUGUGGGGUUACGACUGUUCCAAGGGACGGAAAUCCUGAUGGUAUUAAGUAAAGAACAUGUGGUAGUUUUUUUUAGAUAAACCUCACCCUGCAAGCAGAUCCAAUGAAAGGUUUCUUUUGCCAUAUUUUAUGUCAGAGAUUUCAUGCAGUUUGUACAUUCAAGAAGUGACUUUAAGGAUGGUGAUGCAAAUGAAAGAGACUUAUCUAUCUUGAUAAGCUGAAGGGAACACUCAGAAAGAGCAAAAAAGGACAUUAGGAGAUGUCUUUGCCAUUUAGGAAGAGUUUGUGCAGGAUGACAACUGAGAACAUUUGAUCACUUUAGGAAAAAGUUCUUCAAAAAUGAAAUGUACAAAGAAGAUUUCAUGAGUGAUGAGGAUGAAAGAUCUGAAUUUCCACCAAUUUAAGGUGUUCAUGACUAUGAUGGGGUAGAAAAAUUGGGACUUAUAGACAUAUGCAUAAAUACAGGAUGAGUCUUUACAGCUGUGCCUUCCUCUGGUUGUGCUAUUUGUGGGUUUAAGCAUCUAGCAAUAAAAAAAAUAUGGAUUUUAAGGAAAAAAUAUGUCAGGGAAAAAAUAUAUAUAUCAAAAAUAUAAAACAAAA